AGAGAAGGGCCUCUUUUACCUCCUUCAACAUGAGUGACCCUCAGGCCGGUGAGGCGGAGAAGAACAUCGAGAUCUGGAAGAUCAAGAAGUUGAUCAAGCGCCUCGAGGCCGCCCGAGGAAAUGGAACCUCUAUGAUUUCCCUCAUUAUCCCUCCCAAGGAUCAGGUGUCGCGUAUUGCCAAGAUGUUGGCCGAAGAAUACGGUACUGCUUCCAACAUCAAGUCUCGUGUCAACCGACAGUCCGUCUUGUCCGCCAUUACGUCGACCCAGCAGCGUCUUAAGCUGUAUAACAAAGUCCCUCCGAAUGGCUUGGUCGUGUACUGUGGUGAAAUCUUGACCUCGGAAGGAAAAGAACGAAAGGUCAAUAUUGACUUUGAGCCGUUCAAGCCCAUCAACACCUCGCUCUACCUCUGCGACAACAAGUUCCACACCGAGGCCUUGGCUGAGCUGCUCGAGUCCGACCAGAAGUUUGGUUUCAUUAUCAUGGAUGGUAACGGCGCCCUGUUUGGUACUCUCAGCGGAAAUACCCGUGAAAUCGUUCACAAGUUCUCCGUCGAUCUGCCCAAGAAGCACGGACGUGGUGGUCAGUCCGCUCUGCGUUUCGCCCGUCUUCGUGAGGAAAAGCGUCACAACUACGUUCGCAAAGUCGCCGAAUUGGCUGUGCAGAACUUCAUCACUGCCGACAAGGUCAACGUUGCUGGUCUUAUUCUUGCUGGUUCUGCCGAUUUCAAGAACGAUCUCAAUGCUUCCGACAUGUUCGACAACCGUCUGGCGGUCAAGGUUAUCAAGGUUGUUGACGUCUCUUACGGUGGUGAGAACGGAUUCAACCAGGCCAUUGAGCUGUCGUCCGAGACGCUCGGAAACGUCAAGUUCAUCCAGGAGAAGAAGCUCAUUGGCAAGUACUUUGAGGAAAUUAGCCAGGACACUGGCAAGGUUUGCUACGGUAUUGAGGAUACUUUGAAGGCGCUGGAGCUUGGUGCCGUUGAGACUCUAAUCAUCUUUGAGAACCUUGAAAUCACUCGCUGGAUUCUCAAGGACAGCGAGGGUGCUGAGAUUAUCCUGCACACAACCAAGCAACAGGAACAGAGCAACCGAGAGAGAUUCCAGGAUAAGGCUACUGGCCAAGAGAUGGACAUUGUUUCUCAGGAAUCAUUCCUUGAGUGGAUUGCUGAGCACUACAAGGACUUUGGUACCGCCCUUGAAUUCGUGUCUGACCGAUCCACCGAAGGCAACCAGUUUGUCAAGGGUUUCGGUGGUAUCGGCGGUAUUUUACGUUACAAGGUCAACUUUGAACAGUUGGCAGAUCUCGAGGAUGACGAUGAUGACUACUACGACGAUUGACCAACCGAUUCCCUCGUGGAGAACGAGGGAUCCACUCAAGUUAACCCGUCCGCGCACGACGACAACGACGCGCCUCGCGACCUGUCGGGGUCAGGAGAUGCCGCGCCGUUGUCAUUUGCUCAAAGGCGCUUGAUGCGAAAUGCUGGUCGAAUGCCGUCUUAUCAGGCCCACCAGACGUCGCGACCAAGCCCGCUUCGCGCAACUAUGACGGCCACUUGAGUUUCAUCAUCAAAGGAAAGAGGGUAAGCAUUUCACGCACGCAAAUAUGCGCUCCUCCUGCACGGCCUUGGACUAAAUCUGGCUUGCGUUAGGUGUCAUCUACAUAGCUGGGACCGGCGUGAUUGAAUGGGGUAGAUGCUGGGAAGCGCCUUCAGACAAGAGGAAUAUUCGUGCUUACGUGUCCUUACCGUCAAAUACUAGAGGUGAACGCGUGGCCUUGAUUUAAAAGUUGGCAUUCCGUUUUGCCUACAGACCAGUUUCAAACUUUAGAAAGCUAGUUUGCAGGACAAGAAGCAAGGAAUAGAAAUUUGACGCUCCUUUUCGAUAGAAGACAGUCGACACUCAAAAAAAAUGUGGAGGCCGGGACG